UGCAGGUUGCUAAUCAGCGGGCCUGCGCGCGGGUUUGCAAGGACGCUGUUCCCCCACGGCGCUGGGCAGGCGGGCUACCAUAGGGAGGAAGAAUUGGAGAAAGGGGAGCAACAUACGACCCCGAACGAGUGGAACUAGCAAAGCUCUUCGGCUGGCAGGGAGAAGCGGGAGGAAGCACGCCGCGGAAAGCGGGUGGGCGCCUCCUAGCUGGGUGCCAUUAUCAGUCCGCUGCAGUACCUUCCAGCAAAAGCCACCGCGGCCGGGGCUGUAGCGGCCAGACGGAUGCCAAAGCCACACGGCACGCGAGCGGGCAGCUGCCGCGGUCGCCGUCCCACGAGGGCCCCGGACAUCAAGGGCUGCUGAGCGACCCUUUAAAGACAUUUCUGCCAUCCAAAUAACUUUAGCCUUCACUGAAAACCCCCAGUAAAAUGCACUAAGAAGUGGAAUGUCAACAAAACACAAUUCUCCAGAACUCUAAAACAACCAAGUCUAACGUGCUUUUGUUCCCGAAGUUUAAUAAAAGAAAACUGCAUAAAAGAAAAUUGCCGAAGGAAUAAAUAAUUCAGGAAACUGAAGCUGGUCUAGAAGAUUGGAAAAAAUCUCUAGUAUUGGGAGGAGGGAGGAGGGGCGGCUUGCUUUCCGGAAAUCAGUGUUUGGUAGCAAGUGAAACAGACAUCAUUCAAAAUGAAGUGAUUGAGAAGAAACAGUGAACACCUUCCCUUUUUGUAGACAGAACAACAUGGAACAGCCAUUUACUCUGAAUUCUCUGAAAAAGUUAGCUGCCAUGCCUGACCAUACAGAUGUCUCCCUAACCCCGGAAGAGCGAGUCCGGGCCCUCAGUAAGCUGGGUUGUAAUAUCACCAUCAGUGAAGACAUCACCCCACGCCGCUACUUCAGGUCUGGAGUAGAAAUGGAGAGGAUGGCAUCUGUGUAUUUGGAAGAAGGAAACUUGGAAAAUGCCUUUGUUCUUUAUAAUAAAUUUAUAACCUUGUUUGUAGAAAAGCUUCCUAGCCACCGAGAUUACCAACAAUGUGCAGUGCCUGAAAAGCAGGAUAUUAUGAAGAAACUGAAGGAGAUUGCAUUCCCAAGGACAGAUGAAUUGAAAAAGGACCUUUUAAAGAAAUAUAAUGUAGAAUACCAAGAAUAUUUGCAAAGCAAAAACAAAUAUAAAGCCGAAAUUCUCAAAAAGCUGGAGCAUCAGAGAUUGAUAGAGGCUGAAAGGAGGCGUAUUGCUCAGAUGCGCCAGCAACAGCUGGAAUCGGAGCAGUUUCUGUUUUUUGAAGAUCAACUCAAAAAGCAAGAGUUAGCCCGAGGCCAGAUGCGAAGUCAGGAGACCCCUUCGCUGUCAGAGCAGAUUGAUGGAAGUGCUCUGUCCUGCUUUUCUGCACACCAGAACAAUUCCUUGCUGAAUGUAUUCGCAGAUCAAGCUAAUAAAAGUGAUGCAACCAAUUAUGCUAGCCACUCUCCUCCUGUGAAUAGAGCCUUAAAGCCAGCAGCUACUCUAAGUGCUGUUCAGAAUUUAGUGGUUGAAGGACUGAGAUGUGUAGUCUUAUCAAGAGAUCUUUGCCACAAAUUUCUGCUGUUAGCUGAAUCUAAUACCAUAAGAGGAAUAGAAACCUGUGGAAUACUUUGUGGAAAGCUGACACAUAAUGAAUUUACUAUUACCCACGUGAUCGUGCCAAAGCAGUCUGCUGGGCCAGACUAUUGUGAUGUGGAGAAUGUAGAAGAAUUAUUCAGUGUUCAGGAUCAACACGAUCUCCUCACUUUGGGAUGGAUCCAUGUAUGUUUGACUUGUUGGAUUUCAGUUUAUUUUACACAUCCCACCCAAACUGCUUUCUUAUCCAGCGUUGAUCUUCACACUCACUGUUCCUAUCAGCUCAUGUUACCAGAGGCUAUUGCCAUUGUUUGUUCACCAAAGCAUAAAGACACUGGCAUCUUCAGGCUCACCAAUGCUGGCAUGCUUGAGGUUUCUGCUUGUAAGAAGAAGGGCUUUCAUCCUCACACCAAGGACCCUAGACUAUUCAGUAUAUGCAAACACGUGUUGGUUAAAGACAUAAAAAUAACUGUGUUGGAUCUGAGGUGAUAUGUUCCGAAUAUAAGCACCAUCAACACCAGACAUCUGCCCAUGGACAUGUGGUGGCUGGAUUUUCUUAAGAUGUUUCCAGAAAUUACUGAUAUUUUAUAUUUAUACAUUUUAGACCAGAAAGUUUGAUAUUUAUUGCUCUUGCACAUUUUGAAGUUUUCUUUUUUGGGUUGCUCUGUCUCAAGAGAAGUCACAUGGUGUUAAAUCAAAUACCUAUUAAUGUACCCAAAUACUAUCACCAGAUAAUAAAUUGUGCUGCAAAAAAUAAAAAAAAAAUAAAAAA